ACUAACGAUCUUUUCCAGAUCUCUCUUCGUAAUUUCCACGAGCUAAACAAUGGAAACUUCAGUGAAAAUUGAAGAUUUCUAUGGAGUUUAUUUGCUUUGUAGUCAAAGUCCAGUACCGAAGUACCGAAAUAAGGUUUACAUUGGGUUUACCGUGAAUCCAAAUCGUAGAAUUAAUCAACAUAAUCGCGGCAAAGACUUUGGUGGCGCCAAGAAAACCAGCAACAAAGGACCAUGGAAAAUGGUAAUGAUUAUUCAUGGAUUUCCGAAUAAUAUUUCUGCGCUACAGUUUGAAUGGGCUUGGCAAUAUCCAAAAGUUUCAUCACGACUUAAACACGUUACUGAUUUGAAUCGUAGGAGAAAUGAAACGUUUUUGGAUUACGCCUUUCGUAUUUUGAGUGAAAUGUUACGAGUUGGCCCGUGGAAUCGCUUGCCGCUGGUUAUUCGUUGGCUAGCAGCCGAUUUAGUUCGAGAUUUUGCGCCCGACAAGCUACCACCAAUGCAUAUGCAAAUUUGUCACGGACAAGUCAGCAUUAAAAAGAAAUCUAAAGUAAAUGAUAGCGAAGCGCUAGCGAUCACAUCCACACAAAUGUCAACACAAGCCAGUCAAUUUCAUACUCUCGAAUGCCAUUUAUGUAUGAAAACGAUCGAAAAUGCAGAACGUUCGAAACUUACGUGUAUAAAUCCAAGAUGUAAAUUAAGGUGUCACAUUGUUUGCUUAGCAAAUGUGUGUCUUGAGCCAGGUCAGUAUGUCCCCAUUGAAGGUGAUUGCCCCAUAUGUGAGAAACAUUUCCUAUGGGGUGACCUCAUACGAAAGAAGAGAGGAUGCAAUGAUUUGGAAGAAAGUAAUUUUGAUAUGAGCGACGAUGAUGAAAGUUGUGACUAUGAUGGAGAUAUUGAUUUAUUCAUGGAGUCACAAGCAAGUGAUUAUGAAUUUGAGAUGUAAUGGUAGUUACGGGUCUAAAAUUUACAACUAUGUAAUAUCUUUUUUCAUAGAAUACUUUUAUCGCAUAUAAUGAAUGACUGAAUGGAUAGCCAGUGAAUUAUUGUCGCUGCUCAUUUGGUAUUUUAGAUGUGCUUUUAGGAAAAGAAACUAAUAUGGUGAUCCAAAAAUCGCUCUAGGUUUUAGUUUUCUGAUCAAGAUAUAACAAACAUAUAUUGAAUAGUUUUAAAUGAUCUUGCGAUGGAAGUGCAACAAACUUAUUAAAAUCUCUAUAUUUCUUGUGCGAAUAGAAUAUAUAAUCAACUGAUUAGCGUACUAUAUGAGUUUAAUUUCGUGUUUUUUUAAGCAGAUUACUUUUAUUGAAAUCCAAAAGCAGCUUAAGAUAUGUCUUUGACUUUGCAAUUUUCACGGUUCAAUGUGUAAGAUCGUAGAUAGUAAAAAGGUAGCAUGUAAGUUACUGUUUAAAUCCGUAUUGCUUUUUUGUGAGUAUACCUGCUAUCUUAUAUUAAUAUCUUUGGACUCUGUGUGUUAGCUGAAAUAUAUUUUGCGUUGAAAAGAA